UUUGAGUUUCAAAUAUACGACUCAGAUUAAUCGAUUCGGAUCAAUAGAAGAUUCGAACGGCUCAGACCGGAUGUGACGAGACAUAGCCGCAGAUGACGAACGCGGAAGUUUCGCGGAGCAGAUUGAGUUCCCUGCGUGCGUGAUGUCGCGGACUGAGUUUAUAGCGAAUAAUGACUCGAAACAGCUCGGAAAUAAAACGGACAAACGAUAGCGAAGCACAUCGACGUUACCACAAGUAUGCACACUGGGUGACCCUUUCGGUGAAGUGUUGGGUUGAGAGCGAACCCCAGACCCGAGUUCAGCUCCAGCCCGGGUUAAACACACCAGAAGCAGCUAAUCCAGGACUGCAGGAUUACUACAAGCCUCCAGCGGAUCUGAUGUGGAGAGAGUGUUCUGCUGGUUUCUCCUGGCUGACAUGGCAUCCUCCCCCCAGAUGUGUCUCAGCCUCUAUCGUCUGCUGCUCCUCACCAUUUCACCGCUGCGCAGCCAUUCCUUCUUCUUUCCCUCUCAACCGUCCUCUCCCUGUGGGCCGGGCCGGUCCUGGGCAGUGCGGCUCGACGCGGGCUCUGUGACAGCGGGGUGUUCGCUGGAGCGGCUGGCACACAGUGUGGCAGAGGAGGUGGGCCUGGAGAAUCACGGGCAGAUCGGGCAGCUGGAGGGACACUACCUGCUCUGCCAAGGAGUGGAGGACAGCGCAGACGUGGACUCGGCUCUGGAUCGAAACCCUCAUGUGCUGUGGCACUCACAGGAACACAUCCUGAGACGCUCCAAGAGAAGCGUGACCUUCAAUGACCCCAAAUAUCCCAGUCAGUGGCACCUGCACAACGAUGUGAAACAAGGGAUGGACAUCAACGUGACCGGUGUCUGGGAGCGAAACAUCACCGGCGUCGGGAUCACAGUGGUUGUGGUGGAUGACGGGCUUCAGCACACACUGGCAGAUAUUCAGCCCAACUAUAGUCCUGAGGGUAGUUAUGAUCUGAACUCGAACGACCCUGACCCCAUGCCUCAUCCUGACGGCCACAGCGAUAACCAUCACGGCACGCGCUGCGCUGGAGAGAUCGCCGCUGUCUCAAACAACCGCUUCUGCGCUGUCGGAGUCGCAUACGGAGCCAAAGUGGCAGGCAUCAGAGUUUUGGACGGACCCCUCACAGACAGCAUGGAGGCUGUUGCUUUUAAUAAGCAUUACCAAGUUAAUGAUGUCUACAGCUGCAGUUGGGGUCCGGAUGAUGAUGGCCGUACGGUUGAUGGACCGCAUCCCUUAGGCAAGGCGGCGCUGCAGCAUGGAGUUAUUGCAGGCAGGAGAGGUUUCGGUAACAUCUUUGUUGUCGCCAGUGGUAAUGGAGGACAGUAUGACGACAACUGCAACUAUGACGGCUAUGCUAACUCCAUCUACACCGUCACCAUUGGCGCGGUUGAUGAGAAUGGCAAAAGGCCGUUUUAUGCAGAAGAGUGUGCGUCUAUGCUGGCCGUCACGUUCAGCAGUGGGAGCAGACAGCUGCGCAGUAUAGUGACGUCUGACUGGUCGCUGCAGAGCGGCACCGGCUGUACCGACGGACACACAGGCACUUCAGCGGCUGCUCCUCUGGCUGCAGGGAUGGUGGCGCUCAUGCUGCAGGUGCGCCCCUGUCUGAGCUGGCGGGAUGUCCAGCACAUCAUCACCUACACAGCAACACAGCAUGACGCUGACGCUCAGGCUGACUGGGGAAUCAAUGGAGCUGGUUUCCACCACAGUUACAAGUACGGCUUUGGAUUGCUAAACGCCUGGAGGCUCGUUAAUGCUGCCAAGGUCUGGGAGUCCGUCCCCUUUUUGGUGUCCUACCAGAGCCCAAUUUUAAAGACCAACGAGGGCAUCCCAGAGUAUCCCAAAACUCUCACUCACACCUGGAAUGGUAAGAGAUUUAGAUGGAGUAGCACACUGAAAUUAAAUGAUUGGUUACACUUUAUUUUAAGGACCAAUUCUUGCUAUUAACUAGUUGCUUGUUAGCAUGCAUAUUACUAGCACAUUGGCUGUUUAUUAGUACUUAUGAAGCACUUAUUAAAGCCUAAUUAUGCAUGACUAUAUUUCAGAUCCCUAUAAUCCUAAACCCCAUGCAUAACUACCUUACUAACUAUUAAUAAGCAGCACAUCAGGAGUUUAUUGAGGCAAAAUCAUAGUUAUUUCAUAGUGGGAAUUGGUUCCCAAACUAAAGUGUGACCAAAAUAUUUACAGUUUUCCGAUCUAAUAUGUAAUUCAGAACAAACCAUAAAAAGGGCUAUUAUGACAUCUGUGUGCUCUGUUAAUGGAUCUGUGCCACAGACAGCACUAGUCUGCCCUUAUUUGGACAAGUUUGUCUGUGUUUAUGUGUUCAAGUAUACCGUGAAAGUGAAAUGUUGUUUCCCUUCUCCAUUGAGCUCACAUCUUUCAAAUGAGAUGUUCAGCAGCACUGUUUAUGUAAUGUGGCAAAGUUGGAUCAAAUUUACG